GUAGGAGAGGGCAAACUUUUGGCAAGAGAGAGUCUUGGUAGCAAAGGCAGGGGAAUGAUGGCAGCAGGGUCCCGUGAUCCAUCUCCACUUGUCCUGGGCCUGCUGCUGUGUGCUCUGAACCCCACUGUGUCCCAGGCUGGGAAGCUGUUGCUGGUCCCCGUGGAUGGUAGCCAUUGGCUGAGUGGGCUUGGGGUUAUUGAGCAGCUGCACCAGAGGGGACACGACAUGGUAGUCCUAGCUUCCGAGGCUUCCGUGCACAUUAAAGAAGGAGCGUUCUACACCUUGAAGAGGUACCCUGUGCCAUUCCGAAGGGAGGACGUGGAAGAAGCUUUUAUCAAACUCGGGCACGGUGUCUUUGAGAAUGAGCCUUUGCUGCAACGUGUGGUCAAAACGUACAAGAAAGUCAAGGAGGACUCUGCCCUGAUUUUUUCUGCCUGCUCCCACUUACUGCACAACAAGGAACUUAUGGCCUCCCUGGUGGAAAGCCGCUUCGAUGCCGUGUUGGCAGACCCUUUCCUCCCUUGUGGCCCCAUUGUGGCGCUGUACCUGGGUCUGCCUGCUGUGUUCUUCUUGAAUGCGCUGCCGUGUGGCCUAGAUUUUCAAGGUACUCAGUGCCCCAACCCACCAUCUUAUGUGCCCAGGGCUCUGUCCCUUAACUCAGAUCACAUGACCUUUUUACCACGGGUGAAGAACAUGCUCAUUUUCUUGUCAGAGAGCUUUCUGUGCAAUGUGGUUUAUUCCCCGUAUGGAGCACUUGCCUCAGAAGUCCUUCAGAAAGAUGUGACUGUCCAGGACCUGAUGAGCUCCGCAUCUGUCUGGAUUCUCAGAAGUGACUUUGUCAAGGACUACUCCAGGCCCAUCAUGCCCAACAUGGUUUUUGUUGGUGGGAUCAACUGUGCCGGCAAAAACCCACUGUCCAAGGAAUUUGAAGCCUAUGUUAAUGCUUCCGGAGAACAUGGAAUUGUGGUUUUCUCUUUGGGCUCCAUGGUCUCAGAGAUUCCCGAGAAGAAAGCUAUGGAAAUUGCUGAUGCCUUGGGCAAAAUACCUCAGACAGUCCUGUGGCGGUAUACUGGCACUCCACCACAAAAUCUUGCGAAGAAUACAAUACUUGUCAAGUGGCUGCCCCAAAAUGAUCUGCUUGGUCACCCGAAGACUCGUGCUUUUAUCACACAUUCUGGCUCCCAUGGCAUAUAUGAGGGAAUCUGCAAUGGAGUUCCAAUGGUGAUGCUUCCCUUGUUUGGUGAUCAAAUGGACAAUGCAAAGCGCAUGGAGACCCGGGGGGCUGGAGUGACUUUGAACGUCCUGGAAAUGACUUCCGAAGAUUUAGCAAAUGCCCUGAAAACUGUCAUCAGUGACAAAAGCUAUAAGGAGAACAUCAUGCGUCUGUCCAGGCUGCACAAGGACCGCCCCAUCGAGCCCCUGGACCUGGCUGUGUUCUGGGUGGAGUUCGUGAUGAGGCACAAGGGGGCCCCACACCUGCGUCCAGCAGCCCAUGAUCUCACCUGGUACCAGUACCACUCAUUGGACGUGAUCGGCUUCCUCCUGGCCAUUGUGCUGGGUGUUGUCUUCAUUGCUUAUAAAUGUUGCGCCUGGGGCUGCCAGAAGUGCUUUGGAAAGAAAGGACGAGUUAAGAAAUCUCACAAAUCCAAGGCACACUGAGAAGGGGGUGGGGAGUGAGAUGACCCAAAGUUGCAACUAGACACAAUGUUAAAUUCAUAUUCUGCUUAUUAAACAAAUGCUUAGCCCGGAGUGAGAUACCCCUGAGUGGUUUUUCAAAAUAAAACAAUCUAAUUGGUAGUCACACCUACAGGUAGAGAUCUUGAAAGGUUUCUGCCCCCUUUAGUAUUGUUAAUCUGGACUACUCUUGUCCUCAUUCAAAUGACUUGCCAGAGGGUCAGACAGGUCCUUCCUGCACUUUGCAUUAAUUUUCUUACUUAGGAGUGAGGACUGUUUGGGGGGCAUAGGUUUCAGAGGUUUCAGAGGUUCCCACAUCCCCAACCUGCAACCCGGGAAGAUGAUAACAUUAUCGUCUGGCUUCUGGAAAUUUUGUGAAUGUUGCCAUCCUAACUUAAGGUCCUAACUUAAGCUUGUGCUUCGCCGAAGGCACUUGGUGUAUUUAAAGAAGGAAUCAUUUGUUUAUUUCCAGGGCAUAGGGCCUUGCACUCGAAAUAAAUGAAUGACCUGGGAUCUUUUGAGAACCCUGUCUGAUUUCUGACUUUAGGGGAAAGAAUGAUGUGUGAAAUUGAUGAAUGGUGUGUUCAAGAGGUUAAUCAAUGCUUGUGGCAAAUGGAUCUCAUUUAGAAAAACCCGAAGCAGAGUGUCUCACAAGUGUAUUUUCUCUGAUGUUUUGAACAAUUGAAAAUAGUAAUAAAUUCUCAUAAAUUUUA